CUGGAAUGCAGGGAUACUCCUGGGCUGCUUUAUCCAAACCCAAACUAAGCAACUGCUCCACCAGACUUUAAGCUGGGUUUAAAAAGCCCAUUAUUAAAUAUUAACACAUUAAUAAUUGGUCUGUUUUUCCUGAGCAGCCUCUGCUGCUUUUUGGGUGGCACCACCUUCUUUCCUGGUGUCAUUUUGGACACAGUUCCUGCUUUUCCUUUCCCCUUUUUUAUCACUCUGCAUCUCAAAUCUGCACUUUCAAGGCUCACAGUCACAGCCCUUUGCCUAAACCACUUUGCCCAUGGAGAAAAGGAAAUCAGCUCUAAGGAACCCCUUGGUUUUGUACCAGACAAUUCCUAAAGCUGAUUUUGGGACAUUUUUUUCACCUAGCUUGUUCUAAUUGUAAUUAAGCAGCUCGGACUGGGAGCCUGGUACUGGUUUUCCCUCUGCCUGAAGAAAAUUGAUGUAAAUUGAGUGGCCUGGUGUAUAAAAAAAACAGAUUUCCCUCUAAAACCAUGAUGCCUAAACCUGGAAUUCCCAGGCUGUUGAUGCUGUUUCAUCUGGCUGAGGUUUGAUCUGAUCCCUGGAGAGCUCCCAUGGAUUUUUUACAGGGCUCAGGCCUUGCCUGCAACCUGGAUUUUUUCAAAUCUGACUCCUCCUUUCUCUCCUGAUCCCAGAACUUGUUCUUUCCCUAGAAAUCCAGCAGGAUUCCUGCAGGAAUAAGCACUCCUGUAAUCCUGGGAUGCAUCAGCCGUGCAGGAAGCGACACUGAGGAGUUAAACCCGAGCAGCUGCUGCUUUAUUUGGAGUGGCUGGCUCCCCGCUGCUCUCCAUGGACGGUGUUUUCCUGUCGCCCAGCGAGGAUGAGUUUGUGGGCAGGAUCGUGGAGGAGCUGGAGCAGUUCCUGCUGCAGGGGCAGCACCAGCGGGUGCUCCUGUUCCCGCCCCUGCCCAGCCGCCUCAGGUACCUGAUCCAUCGCACUGUGGAAAACAUGGAAUUGUUGAGCAGCUUCUCGGUGGGAGAGGGCUGGAGGAGGAGGACAGUCAUUUGUCACUCGGCCGUCAGGCUUCCCAACGAGACCACGAGCGACCAAAAACCCGGGGCCAACCCUCGGCCACAGCGGCUGGCGCAGCCCUGGGGCCGGGGGGGGCGGGGGGUCCGGCCACGCCACCCCGGGGACACCCACGGUGACAGUUCCCGUGCUGCCGUGGGCUCGGGCAGGAUCACCAGGCCGCCCAGGAGGAAGCCAGACAAAGCCCUGUACGUGCCCAAAGGGAUCCGGAAAAAGGCGAAUUGGAGGGAGCGGGAGAGCCCCGGGGCGGAGCAGGAUGGGGACACCGCUCCAGGAGGUGAAAACUGCCCCAAAAAUUCCGUCGGGGACACCCAGCAGGAGGCGGGCAAGGAUGGAGGCAGCCCCGGGAAGCAGCAGGAGCCUGAGGAGGAGAAUGUUCCAGAAAAAGGUGGCGCCGAGCAUCCUCUGUAUGAGGAAGAGGAGGCAUCCCUAGGGAAUAGCAAGGAUUCCUGUGAGCAGGAAUGUUGGGAUAAAGACUGUUCCCAUUCCCCAUCUUCUGGACACAACAAACACCCACCCAAAGAGCGAGAGCCAGGCCGUGCCAACGCAGUCAUUCCAGAAGGCAGCGAAUUCCAAGAGGAAAACCCUCAGAGCUGCGAUUCCGGAGGGUCAGAGCAUGGGAAAGGCUCCUUCCCUUUGGAAAACCACAGUGGCAGCCAGACAGAGCUGGCUGUGGCAGAGUCCCCGGUGCUGGAAAUCCAGAGCCUGGAGAGCAGCAGGAAUGAAUCCCCACCUGGAGACUGGGAUUCCAGGAACACCAAGGAGGGAGGCUGGAGCUUUUCCACGCUGGAGAGCCCUGGCACUGCCCAGGGGGAGCAGAAACCUCUCCAGAACGUUCCAGAACUUCCAGCAUUCCAGAACGUUGUGGGAGGCCCAGGUGAGGCUCCGGCUGCUCCCGAGCCGUUCCCUGGUGGCGAUGCUGGCGCUCCAGUGCAGAUCCGAGGCAGGAUGGAGGAGGACAAGGAGCACUCGGAUGUGGCCGAGGCACUGUGGAAGGGCCUGGAUUUGGCUGCGGGGGACAGAGAGGGGAUGAGGCAGAGCGGCCUCGAGGAUGACUGCACAGCAGAGCUCCUGGCAGAGAUCGUUGGGAAUUUGACAGUGAAGGACAUCAGCAUCGAGAGGAUUAGCGUGGAUUAUUGCGGCUACAGAGAGGCCCAGGUCUGCGAGGGGGACUUGGGCCACGUCACCGAGAUCUACGACUUCCCCUCAUCCCUGAGAACCGAGGAUCUGAUGGGAAUAUUCUCUGAUUUCCACGAGAGCGGCUUCAAAAUCCAGUGGGUGGAUGAUACCCACGCCCUGGGAAUCUUUUCCAGCCUCUCCACAGCAUCCCAAGCCCUGGGCCGCCGUUAUCCCUGCCUGAAGAUCCGGCCCCUGAUCCACGCCACCAAACAAUCCAAGAUCAAGGCCCUGCAGAGACCAAAUUGAUCAGGUCCAGUUGCCACAGGAAAGCAAAGCCACAAACCUCAGCAGCAGCAGAGACCCUGAACCAACAAUUCCUGGGAUUUUCCAGCUUGCUGCAGUCAGAAUCAAUUCCAAUUUUAACCCUUUCAAGGGACACUCACAAAUUCCCCAGUUUGCAGCACUGCUGGAUUGAAAGGAAACAUCCAAAAAUUCGCUUUAUUUGCAUCUCCCCUUUAUCUGUUUUUUUCAUUUAUUCACUCUUCUGAAUCUGGUUAAAUUAAAAGUAAGAAUUAAAUAUAAGAAUUAAACAUAAAUUUUGUUGGUAUCCAGUUUCAAUAGAUUUUUUUCCAAAUACAAAUCUGGAUUUUAAUUAGCUGACAGUGUCUCUUUUUAAAUUUUUUAGGUUUUUUUUAAUGAAUGAAACUUCUGUAAAAACAAGCAGAACCCCCCCAAAUCCAAAUUACUGUUAAUUAUUAAUUUAUCCCUUGUAGAUGGAAUUGCAGCAAUCCAAAAAAACUGAAGGCACUGACCAAGGGGAUUCCCAAGUCAUCUGAAAUACUUAAAUAUAAUUUAAAAUGCAGAUUUUUUUUUUUCCUUGCUGUUUUCCAAGGAUUUCAGCAGCUGGAUUUGAGGAGUUUCAAUUUGGGAUCAAGCUUUAUGGAUAAAUGGAUAAAUUGCCUGGGUUUCUCACAGGGAUGGGAUGUUGGGAAUUUUUACAGGAAUAAUUCCUGGAAGAGGAUGGGCAACAAUUUUCCACACAGCAGAAAAGACCUGAAACUUUAUGGCGACCAAACAAUUCCACCGCAAAACAUGGAAUUCCAUCUUCCUGGAAAAAAAAACCCCAACAAUUUAUUCACAGAGACAGAAAGAUUUGAUGUUGAUAAACAAAUAAAACAGCAAGAAAAAAAAGCUGAUUUUUACGAUUUAACCACAGAUUUCUCCCUGACCAAGGCCCAGCUGGAUAAAUUUUUCCCGUUUUUCCCUAGAACUUCUCCAUCUGGGAAAAGAGAGGCCGCAGACGGACACGGCCGUGGCCAGGAGACUAGUGUCCCACGCCCUGGGCUGGAAGCAGAGGC